GUGGAGAGAUUACGAGCCACAAACAGGGCCCAAAGUCUAAUGAUUCGCGACAAAGCCGUACCAUUUUAGCAGCAGUCUAUACCAUCUGUCUCUUUUUGUCGUACGACGACAGCGUGUCGCUGGUGGAACGCGGUCUUUGUUUGGCGUUGUUCUCGCGUGACUUGGAGCGGUGAGCAGGAAGCAGCAACUGGGUCUAUGGUAUAAGGUACGUCGUAGCUCCCGCAUUCCGCAGCUGUGAAGAGCGUGUGAUUCUCUCUAUUGUACUUUUUGAGUCGAACGCCCCGGCAGGCUGUUCCUUGUUUCUUCUUUGUGCUACUGCAUUUUCUCCGCUCUUGCAAGAUCGAGUGUCUGGUACAUUCGAUUUCCUUACGACCGCGACAGAUACGACUCGGACGCGACUAGUUCAUACUCCGGUUCGAAGAUAUUCAUCGCGACACGACAUUCCUCGAAUCCUUUCGAAUCACAAAGUCGAUCUGCAAUGUUCAAUCCACUUGACAAAGCCCGCGACGGGCACGGCGGUCUGAUUGGCGCCAUCGCGAGAGGUAUUCUCCGCCUCCUUCAAUUCGUCCUGGCCUUAACGGUCGCCGGUCUCUACGGCGUGGAUCUCGACAAUGGCCGCAAAGCUGGCGUUGCAGCAGACGGAAAAUGGGUCUACGCCGAAGUCGUAGCAGGUUUCGCAGCUGUUACUGUCCUGGUCUACGCUGCCACAUAUACCAUGUCUUUCCAUCCAUUCCUAUUCGCCUGGGAGUGGAUCCUCUUUAUUCUCUGGACCGCCCUCUUCGGCCUCUUUGGCAACAUCUAUAUCAAAGCCGACCCCACUCCUGAGCAGCAUGGUCAACGUCGAAUGAAGAGCGCAGUAUGGGUGGACUUGGUGAAUAUGCUGUUGUGGUUGAUCACGGCCUCGUGGUUGACUCUGAGGUUCUUCAGACGCAACAGGAAGACGCUGCAUACCGGACGGGCGGAUAUCUAGGUGUAAACCGCCGCGAAGGAGAUUUGUUGGAGGCGCAAUCGAAGCCUUGAAUGUUCGGAAGCGGAAUUGCUGGCAUAUCGGCGGCUGUUCAAGUGAGCAGGGGAGAAUGUUAUAAUGUAUGCGAGAAGUGAUUUGUGAUACCCAAGCUAUCCUGUAGCGCAGGCGUUGUUUCCUGAGAUAUCAGUAAUGAUUGGCAUGUCUGAACGAGGCCAAUAUGUUCAUUUCUGCUUAUCGUCCUUACUGUGCGGCCUACUUCCACAAGAUGAUCGCACUCCUGCCAUACUGCUUGGCCAUCGGAGUUAUUCCACACGAUGUUUGUCGCCGGACCCAACGAGGCAAGUCCGGUAGAGGACCUCGAGAUGUUGAUAAGAGGACCUGAAGCCACGAAAAUAACAAGCAGCUUUAUGAUGCUGCUG